AUGGAGUUUCAUUUGGCCUCCAAUUCCUUACUCAAGGAAAUUUUCCAUAGUAUCACUACUACUGAAAUUCUACUUCCUACAUUCGCAUCCUUAUUCUUCAUUUUCUGUUUUCAAGGUCGCCCUUCCGUCAAAGCGCCUUUUGCAGGAUAUCGAUCGUGGUUCGAGCCGACCUUCUUGGUCAGAUUGCGAUUUCUCACAAACGCAAAGGGUAUUCUAACUAGAGGUUAUGAACAGUAUAAGAAUGGCAUGUUCUAUAUCCGAAGAAUCGACGGUGACACGUUGGUGAUAUCCAACAAAUACUUAGAGGAGCUUCGACUGCUUCCAAACACAAUCUUAAGCAACGUUCAUGCGCAGUACCAAAAUAUACUUGGCCACUACACCUAUGCAUCGGUGGUGAUUAAUAGCAAUCUUCACACAAGAGCUCUGCAAUCGCAUCUCACUCCACGCACCAGCUUCUACACUCUACGUUCCAAAGCGGAAUUGGACCAGACGUUCUACGAUUCUUUACCCCAAGAAAAGGGUUGGGUAGAGGUGGAUGUUCAAGCCGUUAUGCGUCGCUUCGUUGCUCGAAUGACGGGCGCCGUCUUUUUGGGAUCACGAACCUCCCGCAAUGAGGAAUGGUUGAAUCUCAGCAUCCAAUACCCUCUCGAUACUUUUCAGACAGCCUUUUCGCUGAGAAUGUUUCCACAAUUCACUCAUCCCGUCCUAGCGAGGUUGAUGCCGUCGCGUUAUCGCCUCCAGCGCCAUCGCCGAAAGGCUACAAAGAUUGUGACGGCACUUAUGAACGAGCAUCGAGCAAGAGCUGAAGCUGGAGAAAAAUCGGAGGAAACGAUUCUUGAUUGGAUGGUCGACAAUGCCACCGGUGCAGAAGCGACACCCGCAGAAAUGACAAGCAGGCAGCUGAUCCUAACGCUGGCUUCUAUUCACACGACAGCCUUAGCACUUAGUCACGCUCUCUACGAUCUAUGCGCACAUCCAGAGGUUGUAGAACCUCUGCGAGAAGAGAUCAAGGAAGUUACAAGCCGAUUUGAAGGGGACGACUUUGUCACUCGCGGGCUGCCAUGCCUAGAGAAGCUUGAUUCCUUCUUAGUGGAGUCUCAACGCUUUCACCCACCUGUUCUCAUGUCUCCUCAGCGCGUUGCCAUGAAGAACAUUACACUACAUGAUGGAACAUUUAUUCCCGCCGGGACCAGAGUUGCAUGUGCAUCUGGAGCCAUUCUCAUGGAUCCCGCAGUCACUCCCAACCCGGAAGUAUUCGACCCGUUCCGCUCGUACAGGAAGCGCCAGGAGCCUGGCGAGAAACACCAUCAUCAAUGGGUGCAAACGGAUAAAGAAAACCUGGCCAAUUCCAGUUGAGAAACAUCAGUCAACAUUGCUUCACUCACUGGACGCCCUCGUUGGGAAUUUGAACUUUGAUACAAUAAAACAUCAUAAACUUCCAAACGGCUUGAUGAUGAAUUCGCCAUCUUCGACUGCUGCUUAUCUAAUAAACUGUUCAAUUUGGGACGACGAGGCAGCCUCCUAC